UGCUCUAUCAAGUUUCUAGUUCGCUUUCAUUUUGAGUCUUUUAUCAAUUAUCGAUAGAGAUUGUUGUCUUUUGUGAUAUGAUAAUCUGUGGGUUGGGAGUUACAAUACUCUAGAUAUAAAUAAACUAUACUAAAUUCCGAUAGCGCAUCGAUAAAAUCGCCCAAAAGUAGUGUAAACAAACUGGUAUCUAACCUCACUGUUUGAUGAGAUUGUUAUUGGUAGUGAAAUUGAAAACAGGAUGAGUUAUAAUUCAGGCGGGAGUGGCGGUAAGGGGUUUGGGUUUGCGGGGUUCACGAUGCCUAAACGGAAUCCGUCAAAUGUGUCGCUGCACGCUGUACCUCCCCCUACGACCUCUAUGCAUGCCGUGCCACCCCCCACGACUGGACUCUCCAAACAGGGGUAUUCUACUAUGAACGCAAUUACGCAGAACGCGGUCACUGGCAACUGGGGUGCGAUAGGCAAGAAACGGUCAAAGACUGAAGAUGAAUAUUUUGAUGAAGAUGAUGAGCCUCCAACACCAGCUCUGGCUUACAUACCUGCUCCUGGCAGUCCAUCAUAUGAAGCUGCUUCCAGUUCAAAGGCUGAUGAUGAUGAAGAGGAUCCUCUAGAUGCCUACAUGGCGGGUCUGGAGCAGCAGGCUGCUAAGGAUAUGGUUGCAAGCAAGGAGAAUGCUGCCAGUGGCAAGGGGGACAGCGGUAGAGGCACCAGAGGGGACAUAGACGAAAUGGAUGAUGAAGAGAGCUAUUACAAAUAUAUGGAAGAAAAUCCCUUAAACCAAGGUGAUGAUGGAUCUGACGUAGAAAUAGAAUAUGACGAAGAUGGCAACCCAAUAGCUCCCGCCAAAAAGAAAUACAUAGACCCACUACCUCCAAUAGAUCACUCAGAAAUCGUGUACGAGCCGUUUGAGAAGAAUUUCUACACCCCACAUGAGGAUAUCGAGAAAUUAACACCAGAACAGGUUGAGGAGUUGAAGAAGAAUUUAGGUGUUAAGAUAACUGGCCCGGACCCCCCGCGGCCGGUGAGUAGCUUCGCCCACCUGGGCUUCGACGAGCAACUGAUGCGCGCCAUCCGCCGCUCGGAGUACUCGCAGCCCACGCCCGUGCAGGCGGCAGGCGUGCCCGCAGCGCUCUCAGGCAGAGACCUCAUAGGUAUUGCCCGAACUGGAUCGGGUAAGACGGCAGCGUUCUUGUGGCCGUUGUUGGUGCACAUCAUGGACCAGAAGGAGCUGGCGCCGGGGGACGGACCUAUAGGUCUUAUCCUCGCCCCAACCAGAGAAUUAGCACAGCAGAUAUACAUGGAGGCAAAGCGGUUUGGAAAGGUUUACAAUAUACGCUGCGUGUGUUGUUACGGCGGUGGAUCCAAAUGGGAGCAGACCAAAGCGUUAGAAGGUGGCGGCGCUGAAAUUAUAGUCGGUACUCCGGGUAGAGUAAUUGAUUUAAUAAAAUGUAAAGCGACCAACCUGCAGAGAGUCACGUAUUUGGUCCUAGACGAGGCGGAUAGGAUGUUUGAUAUGGGUUUUGAGCCGCAGGUGCGCAGCAUCUGCAGCCACGUGCGUCCGGAGCGGCAGGCGCUGCUGUUCAGCGCGACGUUCCCGCGGCGCGUGGAGCGACUCGCGCGCGACGCGCUGCACGACCCCGUGCGCGUGCAGCACGGCGCCGCCGGCGAGGCCAGCGACCUCGUCGCGCAGCACGUGAGGAUAUUCAACAAACCGGAAGAAAAAUGGCCGUGGUUGCUACAAAACUUAGUUGAAUUUCUGUCGGCCGGCAGCGUUCUGAUUUUCGUUACAAAAAAAUUAGAAGCAGAGCAAACAGCAGCCAACUUGGGGGUACAGCAAUAUGAUGCCCUGCUGUUGCACGGUGAUAUGGAUCAAGCAGAUAGGAAUAAAGUGAUCACAGCUUUCAAGAGGCAAGAGAAUAAUAUACUAGUGGCCACGGAUGUCGCUGCGCGCGGUCUGGACAUCCCGCACAUCCGCACGGUGGUCAACUACACGGUGGCGCGCGAUAUCGACACGCACACACACCGAGUCGGACGCACCGGACGAGCCGGCGUCCGGGGGCGAGCGCACACACUGCUCACACGAGACCGGGACAGGGACUUCGCCGGACACCUGCUGCGCAACCUGGAGGCCGUGCACCAGGAAGUGCCCGAGGAUCUCAUGCAGCUAGCGAUGCAGUCAGCGUGGUUCCGCAAGUCGCGCUUCAAGAAGGGCAAAGCAAAGAACCUCAACGUCGGAGGAUGCGGACUCGGCUACAAGGAACGGCCAGGUCUUCCGGCGCAUAAUGACGAGCCAACGUCAGUGGUGAACAUAGAGAAGACACACGGGCCUGCAACCGAUCGACUGUCAUCUCUCAAACAGGCCUUCAGGUCCCAGUACAGUCAGUUCACAGCAUCAACAGACCACUCGUGGGAGCAGACGCUGUCCACCAUUCAACCCGGGGUCAACGCCCCAGCCUCACAGCCGCAGGAAAAUAAGGCCGACCGCGUCCGCAAAGGUGGAAAGCGAAGCCGAUGGGAGUAGACUAGCUAAAUUGUGCGCAAACGGAUUAGAUAUACGGUUCAAUGUCGGUUGACAACUGCAUAUAUAGGCCCUAGAAAGCUAAUGGAAUUAUUGAAAUGUAUUAGGCUAGGAAAAUUACACAUAAAUACGUUAGCAAUACGGUUCAAUAUCGGCUGUUAACUGGCUAUGUUGGUCCUAUAAGAGCAGGAUUGUUGUGUGUGAAAAGGCUGACACUGUAAUGUGAUGUAUUUUAUAGGGGCCUAACUAAUGGGAUAACAUCUGCACUGAUGAAUUACGUCUUUAAUGUCAAGUGUAAAGGUUUAUAUUUCAUUGUACGCCAAAAGGAGGCGCUAGAUGAUAUCGUUGCUUCUUAAUUUUCAGUAUAUACUAUUUUUAAUAAUAAUUUUCAACCUUCUUCAAAAAAAGGCUGUAUAUUCUGAUGUAUGUUUUGAGUGUAGGUCACAUAGAAACGUUGGUGAGAUGAGCAUGUGAUUAUAAUUUUUAGCAUUACGUGUAUGCUAAAAAUUAUAAUCACAUGCUUCAUGUUUAUUAAAAUCGACGGCUUCGAUGGUUUAACGGUUUAGCACAUUGCUUUUCUUCCGAUGGUCGCGGGUUCGAUUCCUCGCACGGUGCAAUCAUUUGUAUUCAUGAGUACGGUUGUUUGUAUCGGACUGGGUGUUUUCUUUGUAUAUUAUGUAUAUAUUUAAAAGUAUCUAAGUAUUUAUAUCAGUUGUGUAGUACUCAUAACUUCACUAGAUGGCGCUGUGUUAAUUGCCCAGAGUUAUUUAUUAUUAUUAUAACUGAUUAAGAGACCAGUCAAAGCUAUGUCAAAUUUUGUCAAUGUCAAAGCUUUAGCAAAUGAAACAGUUCACUGAAGUCACUUCGCUGUCCCUGAAUGUUUAAAUCCAACGACGUAAAUACAGCUGAGUCUAGAAUUUUCUAUAAUUAUAUUGCCAAUUGAAUGUUAUUUUAUAUGUUAUAUAUACAAAUAAAUAAAUUUAAAGUGUCUGUUUGUAAUAUAAAAUUAACAGCUAUACACUGAGUGCAUGAAAGUAUUUACGGUCCUUACAUAAAAAUGUAAUUUCAAAAGAAAUCUUCUGUCUUUUUGGUCUUAAUAAUAUCUGAAACGGGUUGACCGAUUUUGACGAGACUUUCACUCGCAGCAGCACCUUAGUAAAUGUUAUAAGGAGUAUCUUAGGCUGCUUUUGUCUUAAAAAAAUAUUUAUUUUAGUGAUAAAAGUUAAAUUCCACGCGGACAUAGUCGCAGGUCUGAGCUAGUACUAUAUUAAAAUCUUAUAUAUAGGAACGACUUCAUCCUAACGCCAUCUUUGGUAUAUCAUUGUUAUUUAUAAUGUAUUACAGAGAAAUAUGUGUAAGAGUAUUUGCUUUAAUUAAACUCGAGAUAAAUUCAAGUGGGUUUCAAUGAAAUAAUGUUUUAACAUUUAAUUUAGAUUAAAAAUGUAUAAUAAAAAUCUAACCGAUCGCUAUAUAUCGACGGUUAAUUAGAAAAAUGGCAGUAUUCAAAAUGGACAUUUUUUACAAGACAAGCAUUUAAAGUUUUUAAAUUUAUUUAAAUUAUUUUUUCAUUUUUAAGUUUAAUUUUUGAAUUCACAAUCUACACAGAAGUAUUAUGUAUCAUUUUAAAAGUAUUUAGAUAAUGAUUAAGACGGCAUGGUUAAUUUAAUUUACUUAUAUAAAAGGAGGCAAUUCUAGCUUCUAGUUUUGAAAAAUGUCUAUUUUCUAUUUAAUCGACGAUACAUAGACCAGUAAAAUUUUUAAUUAAACAUGACGUGACCAGUUUUGACGCAAUAUAAAAAAAUAAAUGCGCAAAUACUUGAAUAAUAAUAUUAAAAAAGAAAUUUUGAUUUAACUCGAUAACGGUAAGAAAUAUGAAAAAAUGUUUCAAAUAAAAGUUGUAGGGAAUAAAAAUCUGCACAAAACAGAUCCUUUUCAUUUUUCCAGUAUCAGCUGUUGUUUAGCCAUAAAAAUAUGAUAAUACUUGUUAUUGAUGUAUGAGAAUAAAUAUUACAUUUAAAUAUAAUGAAAUUGUUAAACUAUGUAACGAAAAUGUCUUUUAUCUAAACUGAGUUUAUCUUUUUAUUCAAAACUAGCUAUCCGCCCCGGCUUCGCACGAGUGUACCUGUAUUAUACAUGUAAGCCUUCCUCUUGAAUCACUCUAUCUACUCGCUGAAAAGUGCAUUAAAAUUUGUUGCGUAGUUUAGAUCUAAGCGAACAGACAGCGGAAACAAAUUCAUUUUGUACUAUGUAAAGAUUUGCUGCAGGAAUUAGUAUGAAAUUUUCAUAGAAUAUAUUGCAAAGUAUGGAUUGGAUAAAGCACGGUAAAAGCAACAUAUUAGCUAAAGAAGGUAAUGAAAAAUAAUCUCCAAAUAGUUAAUUUUUUGAAUGAUUUUAAUACGUCACUUACAAUUUUAUGGAUUAAUUCAAUAAUAAAAUAAUAGAUGGCGUUGUAAACAUGCUUUAUUAAUUUCUGUUAUUUGAUCACCAUCAAUUAGGGUUGCCAGAUCGCCAAACCAGCCAGUUUGGCUAAAAAGGCCGGAUACCCUACAUUAUUAAGGAUUUGUGUUUUAGUAUUAAUAGGUACGAGAAAAUUAUUUUUACCAUAUUACCAUAAACAUCGAACACCAAAUCAGUUUAUUAUUAAUCAGUAAAAAUAUAAAUUAUAGAUAAACACUUAUCAACAUUUUUGAAUUCUUUAUAAAUUCUUAUGAAAGGCAAUUGCACAAAUAAGUCUUAUGGUCAAUGAGCUGUUACUUCAAAACCGCAAAACAUAAUAUUAAAAAAAAAACAAUCUAAACAAAACUUCGUAUGUUUAAGUUAAACGAUAAAAAUAAUGUAAAAAGCCUAUGAAAAGUGGAACAAGCCGGAUACCGUUUAUUUUGGACACGCAAUCAAAAACUCUAAUUGGACAUAAUUUAUCCGGACGCCUCGCAAUCCUAUUAUCAAUAAAUCAAUAGGUAACAGAUAAAUAAAUCAAUAGAUGGCGCUCUCCAAGGCACCACUAGUAAUAUUAUCGCGGUUUAAACUUAAUUAUUUGUUAAGUGACUCAUCUCAUAAAAGAAACCGAUUGCAAAACUUGUCUAAACACAGAAAACUCUAAAACCCAUACUCUAUUCUAAUAUUAUAAAUGAACGGUUUUUAAUGAAAUUUGACGUUUAAGUUAGAUUGUAUCGCGAGGAUGUACAUAGGUAUAUAUUAUCAUAUGAUAUAAUCCUACAGAAAGUCGACAAAGUCGCUGCUAAAAGUUAGUAUGAAUAUAAAGUAGAAAAAUCCAUUAUUUUCAUUGUAUAAUGUUAGUCAAUUUUUAAAAAUGUAUGUUAUAUAUUUUAGUAUAUAAUAGUAGGCUGUAACCGUCGCCUUUAUACAUGAACAGCAUUGUGGAUAUCACGUUAUAUGCAUAUCAUAUCCAGAGAACAAAGAUGACAUGCCUCUUGUCAUAUAAAUUCACAGUUCAGAUCGUAACACUUCCAGUAGCGGUGGUCAGUGGGCUAAUCUAACUUCGUAACGAUUUUCGUAUGUAACGUAGUGAAAAUGACGUCAUCUAUCAAUAAUGCGAUUAUAUU